CUUACAAUGUCAACUCCAAUCGAACACUAUGUUGACCCCUCGACCAACUCAGCCACUUGGCUUGGUCCUGAUCAAGUACCCAGGGACACCAACAUCAACACCAGAAAGGUUAACGUUAUGUUCGUUAAUAUCAACGCUGCAUCGGAUUUCCAAAUGCUCCGCACAGGCACCAACGAACAUCAUUAUGCAUUGAUACAGGUGGCCCAACAUGUAGCUCGCGGUCUCUGUUCUAUCGUUAGUUUGAACAUCACUGAAUACUCGUGCGUGGUGGUCAUGUCAACAGAGAAGCUGAGAAGCGACUUAAUUAAGAAUAGGUUCCCGUGGGAGGAUGAGUAA